AUGAGCUGGGGAUGGAGGAAGAUUCUGCAACAAAGACAUACUAUUCGACCACUCUUAAAACAUAAAAUUGGUGAUGGCAGAUCCAUGUCUAUGUGGUACGAUAACUGGAGUGAUAUUGGUCCUUUAAUCAAUUUUAUAUCUACUCGAGAGAUCUAUAGGGCAGGUUUCUCCAUGACUAAUAAAUUUGCUGACCUCAUUGAUAACGGUGUUUGGAGGUGGCCUGUUGCUUGGUAUGAUUUAUUUCCUGUGUUAAUAGAUUGUACAGUUCCGACUCUUAACAACGACAAAAACGAUAGGCUUAUACUGCGCACUCUUGAGGGCGUGGAAUUGGAUUAUUCAACUGCUAAUGUUUGGGAGCUGAUGAGGUAUAAAAGACAUCCUGUAUUAUGGGUUGAGUUGGUGUGGUUUUCUAGUUGUAUACCAAGGCACUCGUUUCUCCUAUGGAUGGUUAUGAAUAAGAAACUACAGACCCAGGACAGGCUCAAACCGUGGGAGGUAGGGGGAGCUGUUAACCUUAAUCUUGUUUGUUAUUCUCUUUGUAAAACAGGUAGAGACUCCCAUGACCAUCUCUUUUUCGAAUGCGCUUUUGCUACUCAAGUGUGGAAUCUGGUUCGCGAUAUGGCAAAUAUGCAUGACAUCCCUGCUAAAUUAAAAGAUAUAUCUGAUCACUUGAUUCCCCUGGCAAGAAGUAAAUCAGCAAACAGCAUCAUUGGUAAGCUGAUCUUUGCAGCUACCACUUAUUUUGUAUGGCAAGAGCGGAAUAAUCAGAUGUUUAUAAAUGAUACUCGCUCUCCUGCUCAGUUGAAGAAUACUAUUCUUGAUACGGUUCGCUAUAAGAUAGUGACGGUGAAAUUCAGAGGACACAAUGACACUAAAGUGUUAGAGAAAUGGAAUUUGGCAAGUCAAGAUAUACGAGCUUAA